AUGCUACGAGGUGGCCUCGCGCGCCCCGUUCGCCGGGGCAUCUGCUUCUUCGCAGCCUGCGUGCUUGUCGUAGCAGAGGCGUCUUCGACCUUUGGAUUUGGAGGCGGCUACACGAGCGCCUCGACGGCGUAUGCAGCAACGUGUGUCGGCGUCUGUGGCACGCAGACCGUGCCACUGGUCGUCCAGCGGACAGGCGAUCUCUCUGCGAGCCAAAACGUGCUUGUCUCGACGGCGCCGUACAGCAUUCCUGCCUCGUCGGCCGUCGCCGAUAUUGACUACUUGCCCAUCACGUCGUAUGCGCUGGCCUUUCCAGCUGGCGCCGCGACGCAGACACUCAGCGUCACUGUGCUCACGGCCGGCUUGAAUGCGACCAAUGUCUUCUUCCAAGUGACGAUCGUGGGGUCUACGGCAGGAUCCACGAUCGACUCGAGUACGGCGACGUCGUAUGUGCAGAUCAUGGGGCAAGCAGGCGUCAUUUCCUUCUCGAUGAGCAACUACUCGUUCUCCGAGGCUGCGGGCACCGUCACGAUCCCAAUACUUCGAACCGGUGGCUCGUGCGGCACCGUCUCGAUAGCGUACACGCUGGGUAAUGCCAUGUCGACAACCGCUGUCCGCGGCACCAACUAUGUCAUGGUCGACACGAACCAAGUGGUGACGUUCACGGACGGUCAAACCAGCGCGUCCAUUUCCGUGCGCAUCAUCGACACCCAGGUCUUUGAGUACUAUAGCCUCUUCUUCACCCUGCAGCUGGUGGCGCCCACGGUGCGCGGCGCACUCGGCACCUUUCCAUCAACGUACGUCUUUAUCUUGGACAACAACGACGCCGGUGUCUUUGUCUUCUCGACCGACGUCACCUACUGCCGGGAAGACAACGGCACCGCGAUCGUGUACAUCAACCGUACACUGGGCUCGUCGACGUCGACGGUCGCCCCCGUGCAGCUCACCGUCACGACGACAACGGCGGGCAACGCGACGCAGGGCAGUAGCCGCGCGUUCGACUACGAGACCAAGACGCAGGCGUUUGCUGUCACCGUGUUCAACAACGCCGCGUACAACCCCGUCGUUCGCUCGGUGCAGGUCGAGCUCUCGGUCGUCUCGGGCGGCGCCGCGAUCGGGACGACCAUGAACACGACGACGAUCUACAUCGUCGACGACCGUGACGCCGGCACGUUCUCCUUUCGCACGUCCAACUACAGCGUCGUCGAAAACGCAGCGCUCGUCACCCUCGACGUUAUUCGCAGCGGCAAGCCCGAUCCUUCCGGUGUCAACACGUACACAAGCGGUGUCGUGUCAGUUGACGUCGUCACCAACGCUGGCACCGUGGUGCCAGGCCUCACCAUCAACGACCCGUUGUAUGACUGGGGCGUCGUCCAAGCCCGUGGGUGCAGCCAUGUGAGUCCGUGCACGGCAACGCCAGGCGUACACUACACGGCACUGCCCGCAACCACCUUGACGUUUCAGGACGGCGAGAGCGUCAAGCAAAUCAGCAUCACGAUCGUGGACAACAGCUUUUUUGAAGCCCCCAACCUCGUCUUCAAGGUCGUCUUGCAGAAUGUCCAGGGCGGCGCGUUCUUGGGGCUCGACCUCAUGUACCCCACGAGCUUUAUCCCGAGCCUCAUGGCCUCUCUGGACCUCAGCCCUGCAGACGUGCCCAACUACGUGUCGGCGAUUGUGUCGAUUGUGGACGACGGAGACGCGGCGGUCUUACUCUCCAAGGCGUCACUCUCCGUGUCCGAGGUCGGUCAAACCGACGUCGUCUCGGUCGUUCUGAACGCCGCGCCAACGGCAACCGUCACGCUCACCCUUGCUGCGGGCAGCAACCAGCUCGUGCUCUCCGCCGGCAGCGUCAUAUUUUCCACCUCGAAUUGGAACCUUCCCCAAGCGGUCACGAUCUCGGCCGUCGCUGACAAUUCGACGGUGGGUAUCAAUACCAUCCCGGUGACGUUUACGGCCACGAGCUCGGAUGCGCGCUACAGCGGCCCUGCACGGCUUUCGGUCGGCGCAUCCGGCGUAGUGUACGGCGCCAGCAUCUACACGAGCCCAUGGGGCGUCUACUUGACUGGGAACCCGCAGCACGCCUUUCCUUGGGUAGCGACGACGAACGGGGUUCUCACGGCUCCGCGCGCCGCGUCGGUCGCCACGUACGUCUUGGACGCCAACCGCGCUGCGAUCGUCCUGCAGCCGGAAACGACGCGACACAAACAUGGCCAGCCGACCAACUUUGUGUGUGCCCGAGCGCACGGCCGUGUCGCCAGCGUGCGCCUUUCUCUUUCGAGCACGCCGACGGCCAACGUUGUCUUGUCGCUUGCGACAUCGGCGGCCGGUGUCACGCUGACGCCGGCGUCCGUGACCCUCACGCCGGUGCAAUGGUCGAGUGGUGCUUCGGUCAAUGUCGCGUACACCUCGAGCAGCGCCGGGCUCGUUGUGACCGGUCGCGUCGUCGUCACGAGUGCAAGCACGGACCCUUUUUACGCCGGGAAAACAAUGGCGUUUUUCGUGUCGGGGUACGACGCCGCGUCAAUUUCGCUCAACCAAACCCAAGGCAGCUACAACGAGAACGGUCCGACGGUUGGUCAAUCCGAUUACACAUUGCGGUUGACGACCGAGCCCAUGCACUGGGAGCCGACAUUCAGCCUCUCGCAGCCGCAUCAAGUGGCACUGUCUCCCAUCGACGAUACCUCCCUCUCGUCAUUUGCCAAUCAAAGUGCCACCGCCCCGACGCUGCGCGUCUCGUCGAAUGCGUCCGAGAGCUCGUCGACGACGAGUUACCAGUACGUCGGGCUGCUCCGAUUCUCACUCGCAUCCAUUGUUGCGUCGACGGGAAGCGCUCGCGUUGGACUCGCACGGCUGCAACUCUAUCGCCUUUCGGGGGGUGAAAACGGCGGGCUCGGCGGACUCCAGCUCGGUGCUGUCGUUGCCACGUCAUCGACAUCCUGGCGAGCCGCCACGCUCGUCACGUCGUGUGCUCUCGGUACAUGUACCGUCCUCGACACAUCGACCUCGCCGCCGACGACGCGAAGUGACUUGCUUCCCGGAGGUGUCCCGUUUGGCAACGCGGCGGCGUCGCGUACCCUUCUCGCUGGGCUCACCGACAUUGUGCCACAAGGUGCUUUGAAUACAUCAAGCAACCAGUACGUUGGCGGCAGCGGCUGGCUCAGCCUCGACGUCACAACUGCACUUAAUGAUCUUUCGGCGGCGGGGCAAACUGAAAUGACCAUUGCGCUCUACGCACUGCGAGAGACGACCUUUGUCUACGGUGACAUGGACGAGGUGACGUUGGCGUCGAGCAAGCAUGCGAAUGCGACCCUUCGGCCGUCGCUCCGCUUGACGUCGUCAGGGCUCGUCAACCUCGCCGCGGCUGCGACCGCCGCUCAGAGCACGCCCAGCGCGAACGCAUCGGCCGUUCUAGCGCCGUCAACGCUAGCGAUGUCGCUGCUGACAGGGCCCGCGUGGUGGCAAGCCAACCUUGGUGCCACGUACGCCAUCGAAGCCGUCGUUCUCUCCAUUCGUGUGCUGCUCCCAGGUGUGAGUACGAUCAACGUCUACUUGUCGUCGGCGUCACUCACCACCGGCGUGCUUCCAGCCGUCAACACGGCAGCCGCGUCAUUCUCGCGCGCGUUCACCGUGACGACAACAACCGCCUCGCAAAGUGUCGCGCUGAGCUGGCACGUCUACGGCGCCACCGGCGCGUUGGAUGCGGCGGGCAUUCUCUACGCGCCAAGUAUCUCGUCGCUGGUCGAAGCCCAAUUCGUGACGGUGCAGACGACCAGCACCGUGUACUUGGAAGCGGUGAACGUCUACCAAGUGCCAAUGGCCGCUGCGCGCGUCACGCUCGGGGCCAACCUGCCGUCGCCCAGCGUUCUCUCGGCAUCGAAUGUCCUCCGCGUCUCGGUCGAUGAUCCCAUCGAGUCGGAUACCUCGCCCUGCAGCGCCAACGAUGUCUGCCGCAACGAAGUUCUCUUUACGAGCGAAUCGUGGAGCACGCCGCAGACGGUGCAUGUCGCCGUGGCCAACGACGAUGUCGCGUCGGGGCCGCGCACCGGUGCGAUCGCGCAUCUCGCGCGCAGCGAAGACGUCGACUACAGUGCUGCCGCCUACGGCGUGUGCGCCGUGACGUCGGCGUCGUGCACUUCGCCGUUGCAGGCCACCAUGUCGGUGGCAAUUGCAGACGACGACGAAGCCGGCAUGCUCUUCACCGAAGGUGCGGUGACCGUGGUGGAAGGCGCGCGAACGUAUCCGGGCGCGCCACAACCAUCGGUGCGUGGGCGGUGGCGUCCGGUGGUGCCACCCACCUGCAGCGCGCCCCAAGCCAGCAACAGCGCGACGCCGUGCCAAGGCGUGUUUGAGCCGACAGCGCAGCUCUGGUCGGCGUGCACGAUGGCCAACGCAACGCUCUUUGGCCCUUCGUCCGCCUAUCUAGUGUUUCAACUGGACGCUGCAAUGCUUUCGUCAAUGGGGCCGCCGACCGACGUAACGGUGACGCUGCCAGGCAACACGGUUCGCAUGCCCAGCGUUAUAAGUCUAUGGACAAGCGCCCAAAGCACAUUGGAUGCGACGCUCUGGACACUUGUGGAGCGGAUCACAUUGCCCUUCUCGGCUUCGCCCGCCCCCAUCGUGCUCUCCGGAAAUGCCCUCCUCACGUAUAUUGCACUUUGGCUCGAAACGUCCUACGACGUGACGGCACCGCCGUGGAUGUGCGCCGAUGUCGCGUCGAUCGCGAUCCACGGCGACGUUCCGACGUCGGUCGAAACAUCCGACGUCUCGAUCUCGCGGCUCUCGCGCAUGCACCAGCGCGGACAGCCGGCACUUCUGAACGUGCAGCUCUUGAGCGAGCCGACGGUGGGCGUCGACGUCGUCGUGUCGAUGCCCAGUGCUUACUUGACGGCGUUCAACCCGCAGAACCUGUCGCAGAACGCUGGCGGUGUCACGUACAUCACGGGCAGCACGUAUGGGCAUGCGUCGUACGGCGCGUACUUGCCAACAACGCUCCGCUUCAAUGCGAGCAACUGGAAUCGGUCCCAAGUGCUCGAAAUCGCUGCCGUCGACGACAACAUCUACCAUGGCAACCGGACACUGGGCGUCACGUUCACGACGGUGGCGGCCGACGCGACAUCGGUCGUGCCGCAGUCGUCGCGAACACCCGCCGCCGUUGGCAUCACAAGUAGCCCACUGCCUCACCAGCGCCGGGUCCUCACGCUCGCCGUGACACUGAUCGACGAUGACGUUCCCGGUAUCUCGGUCUCGGUCGCGCCCCUGAUCGUCGUCGAGAACGCGUCGAGUCCCUUCAACUACUCGGUCGUGCUCGACUCGCAGCCAACGGCGCCGGUGACCGUGGUCGUCGCGCUGACACCGACCGGUAGCAGCACGCGACCCAACGUAGCAGCGCUCGCAUCGACCGGCGUGCUUACUUUUGAAGCGUCCAGUUGGUGGACACCGCAAUUCGUCCAGAUUACACCGUCCUAUGUAGCAGGUUUCGAGGGCGUCGAAGCCUCCACCGUACACUACACCCGCACGAUUCCAAAGACCAACGCCGGUCUCCUUUUGACGCACGUCGUGACGAGCAGUGACCCGUCGUACAACGGCCUUCCACUCGCCUCCAACGCACCGACGUCGGUCGCCGCCGUCGCCGGCGGUGUUCCUCUUGUCGUCGAGGAUGUGGACACGGGCUGUGCCGGCAACUUUGAGUAUACGUGUGCCAAUAACCACGGCUGUGCCACGACGUUUUUCGGCCACCGCUGCAACUGCACCGGUGUCUACGGCCUUCGCGACUGCAGCGCCGAGUGCUCGGACGCCUCGAAGUGCGGGUUUAGCCGCCUGAGUCUACUCGUGCGCUGCGAUCGCGCGUACGCCGAAUCGGCGCCGUGCCCCGGGGUCUUGGUGCCGUUCAACCUCCUCUCGCCGCUGUACAUGCUUCUCAACGCGACGCGGGUCGUGAGCGCCGACGGCAGCGUGUACCCCGCGCUCUCGUAUUUGCCACCGAUGGAGCUCGGCGUCUACAUGGCGCAGGCGAGUGCGACGACCGACCCCAAGUCCCAUAGCGCGGCAGUCCGCAUCGUCCUCGACGUCGUCGAGCCUUCGGGCAGCAACCGCGUGCUGCAGCAAAAGCUGCUCGCGCUCUUUGCCAACGGUCACUUGGCGUCGCUGAACGUGCUAACGCUCGACGUGGUCGACGUCGUGCCACCAAGUGCCACCUCCAGCAUCGUCUUGUAUGCGUUCGUAGCGUUCAUUGCGCUGGGGGGCGCCGCCGGGGGGCUUCUGAUCGUGCGCUACUUGCGCCACCCGUCGGUCACGGGCACCAAAAUGCACUCGCUCAUCGUGCCGCAGCCGCAGCAGGCCGAGACGCACGCGCUCAUCGACCACACCGAAGCCGUGCCGUCGUAAUACCAUCCAAUGUACUACCAUCGUGAUAUUUGCA